CUGACCCAGCGCGGGGAGUCCGCAGUCUGCCGGGUGGAUUUGGCUCGGGGUCUAAGCUUUCUUGUCCGCCAACUUAUAGACUGAUUUUGCCUAAACUGAUAGACCCCGUGCUAGGGGUCUAAGAUUUCGUGUCCAUCACGCGAAUUAUACACUCCGCGAACGUCAAAAAACGCGCUAAACUGAUUUUGCCUCAAAGGUCGCGUAGCCGGUUUUCAUGAGGACCAUCAGAUCGUUUCGAUCUCAACCGUUGAUGCCUACGUAUAGUGGCUAUAAAUAGUGGGGGUCCUGGCCAUUUUCCUUCACCACAAAUCUUCAGUCGUAGUCUUGAGCUUGCGUCCAAAGCCUCCAGCUCGGGUUAGUUCUUCCUAGUCCGGUCUAUCUCUCCUUGGUGAGUCACCCUAGCUCUUCUUCAGUUUCGUUAUGUCUUCAUUUGAUAGCCAAUUAGACGAGCCUGAGGCACCCGAGGUGGGUACCUCGACUCAGGGUAACCCUACCGGAGUCCAGUCCCCUGAGGCACGGGAGGCCUCUAGUAACUUGGCAUCCACCUCUCACCGAGGUCAGAUGCCAGACAGGUGCGGACCCUCCACCAUGACCCUGGAGAGGCUCCGCCACCUUAUUCGGCAGUACAACCUGCCCAGGGAGUACACCUACAGUUUACCUGCGGGUAACUUUCCAUGGGAGCACCGCCCUGAUGAAGUCAUAAUCUUCUGGGAGCAGCUCAUAGCCGGGCUAUGCCUUCCCUUCCAUCCACUCAUAGUGGAGGUCCUGAACCACUUCAAUGUUACGAUAAACCAGCUUCACCCGAACUUGGUCCAUAACGUGGUCAGGACCAUCUCUCUCUGCUACGAGUAUGUCCUCCCCCUAGACUUGGACAUAUUUUGUUCUAUCCUCACCAUCAAGAAGAGCGCUUCAUGCGUUCUCCCCAAGCAUAGGAGGGCUUACUACUUGUCCCCUCGCCCGGGCUUUAAGUUGAUGCAUAAGCUUCCUAGCAAGAUCCCGGCCUAGAAGCAGGACUACUUUGUAGUCCAGAACCCUACGGGGUGGCCCUUCCCUACUCACUGGAGGGCAGCUAUCCAAGACCCCGACAUCAUCCUCGACAAGAAGACCAAGGAGACAUUCCAGUCAUGAGUUGAGGCCGGUUGUAAUUACAAGGAUUACACCACCGAGAGUAUGCUCAUCCAGGUCGGCUUGAGCCCGAGUAGGUAGUUAGUACCUUAGUUGUCUUGCCUGCUCCUUUCUUUUACUCGAGUGCUAAUGCCGAGCUCUGUUGCAGGUCUCAUGGAGGCAGAUAAGCUCAAGGGAGAUCAGCUCUUCAAGCACAUGAAGGGGAGGAAGAAGCGGGCUGCUAAGAUAGCUCGUAUCGAGUCGCCGCCAGCCCCCAAUCCUGAGCCCAAGCUUCCACCGGCUCUAACUUCCGAGCCUAAGCUCCUUGGGGCUCCUCCGAUCAUUGACUUGGAGGAGUCCAUACCACCAAGGGAACCUGCUACGAGGGCAGCAGCUGAGCCCGAGGUUGCCACCGGGGCUGCUGACGUAGCGGCUGUGGUCUCCGCCGAGCUCAUCCGUACAGCCGAGACGGCAGUCUCCAGCUCGGGGAGCCCAGAUGGGGGCCAAAGUAUCUUAGUCCCCCAGUGCGGUCUUCGGAAGAGCAAGGGGACCAUUUACUCCGAGGAAAUUUCAGUUUGGGCCGAAAUGCUCAACCCUACUCAGCUCGGAGCCCGGGCUGCCACCCACACUAUGGUGGCGAACUGCGUCGUGCACGCCCUCGCUCUUCAGUCUGAGAGGAACUUAAAGCAAGGUCUAACUGCCGAGGAGUCUUCCCGCGCUGCUCUGUAGCUCGUGAGCAGAUCCACCGGUUGGAGAGCGGCGCCAUGGCCCAGAGGGGCGUCAUCAUGGCGCUGACGGCGGAGAAGGACGAGCUAGCACGCGAGAAUGACGUGCUGAGGGGCGAGAUGGAGGUCCUCAAAGCGGAGCUGGCACGCGAGAAGGGUGUGUUGAGGGGCGAGCUGGACGCCCUCAGGGCGGAAGCGGAUGGCCUUAAGGAGAAUAAGAAGGCCCUCCUGCACGAGGUGGAGUUCCUCAAGGCGGACAUCGAAGAGAAGACCGAGAUCUUCACUUAGGUGAUAGAGGAGACGAAGAUCAAGGCAGUCGCGGAGUACAUCCAAUCUGAUAAAUUUGAUGUCAUUCUGGGGGAGGCCUACCGCAAGGGGUUCAAGCUCAACAGGUGGCUGAUAAGGCACAUGUACCCCGAGCUCGACACAAGCGCCAUCACCACCUCGCGAAUCACGGAUGAGAUAGCUCGGCAAGCCACAAAGGAUCCGGAUUCAAAGGAGGAGUACGGUGACGAGGAAGCAGACGCCCCCGACCAGCCUGAAGCUCUUGAAGAGGUCUCGCGCAGAGAUGAAGAUCCCCCGAAGUGAUUGCCUUUAUAUUCCGAGCCUGCGAGAUCAGUCUUUGUAGUUGUUUUUCUUUUUUGUUUUCUGUCAAGCUCGUUAUGCAAAACUUACUUGUUAAUGAAAUUGAUCUUUCUUUUUCCAUGUGUUGUUUUAUCCGAGCUAUCAUGGUUGAGUGUGCGAAGUGAUUGACAUAGUAGGGCAUAGUAAGGCAUAUGUUCGAACUGUCUUGUGGCAUACACCGAGGUGAUUGACAGUAAGGCAUAGUAAGGCAUGUGCCCGAAUUGUCUUCUGGCGUAUACCAAGGUGACUGGCAGUAAGGCAUGUGCCCGAACUGUCUUCUGGCGUACACCGAGGUGACUGACAGUAAGGCAUAGUAAGGCAGGAGCCCGAACUGUCUUCUGGCGUAUACCGAGGUGACUGACAGUAAGGCAUGUGCCUGAACUGUCUUCUGGCGUACACCGAGGUGAUUGACAGGCAUAGUAAGGCAUGUGCCCGAACUGUUUUCCGGCGUACACCGAGGUGACUGACAGGCAUAGUAAGGCAUGUGCCCAAACUGUCUUCUAGCGUACACCGAGGUGAGUUAAGCGUCGCGGAAUCUACCGGUCUGCUUGUACCCUCGACACAUUGUGUACUGUGGUGUCGACC